CAGGGAUUUAGGAAUGUGGAGACCAGCGGCUACGUUACCCUCAAAUCGCCUGGGGUCCCGUCGUCAGGAAACUAUAAAUUAAUAACUAAAACCCUAUGGGACGCUCGGCUGUGUCUCCAUGGUAACGUGGCGGACGCCCAGCCCCGGCGUUGUCGCGUUGAGUUGCCUGCGAGGGGGCGGAACCCGGGGAGCAGCGACGGGUCUUCGAUUUCUUUCUCCCCGUAAAGGCAAAACCAGUCGAAGAUGCCAUUUCACGACGGAGUCUACUACCCCUACAUAAGUGACACCCAAGGGACCCACUCAUCAGCAGGGAUCCCAUCCCUGCUGAAUUCCCCGCUCAGCCAGCAGUCUGCAAACGGCCGUUCUGUGCCUGCACCGGGCAUGACUCCGUCCAGCGGAGCCUCCACCGUUCUCCCCUUCAAGUUCCGACCGCGUAGGGAGAGCGUGGAUUGGCGGCGGAUUAAUGCCGUGGACAUAGACCUGGUGGUGAGCCAGCUGGAUGUUGACACCCUUCAGGAGCACAUCAGCACGGUGACCUUCUGCGGCUUGGACGGGGAACGAUGCCAGCGGUGCCAGAGCCCCGUGGACCCGGCUCUGGUCAAGCUCUUACGGCUGGCCCAGCUCACAGUGGAGUGGCUACUCCACUGCCAGGAAUUUCUCACGCUCAACCUGCGUGCGGCGGAGGAGAGGCUGGGGGCCGCCGGCAGGGAGCGCGAGCAGCUGCUGGCUCAUCAGAGCAAGCAGGAGGAGAAAGUGAAGGCGCUGACCGCCGAGCUCAAGCAGAGGAAGAAGGUUAUUCGCACCCAGCAGUCCCUGCUGGCGCCUCGAAUCAUCAGCAGCCACAAGUGUCCACAUUGUGAUAAAUCCUUCCUCAAUUCCUCCUUUCUCCAGAAUCACAUGCAGCGCCGGCACCCCGAUGAGUAUGAGAACCAUUUGCGGUCAGACAGUGAAAAGAAAUCUCAGAUUGAAAGUCUUAAAUUGGAGAUCGGCAACCUGAAGGAGCAGAUUGUUCAACAGCAGCAGACUUUGCAAGCCAAAACAGCUCAGGAAAAAGAGCAGCAGUCCAUGCACAAAGACCUGCUGAGAGAACUGGACCGUUUUAAGGCUGAGGAGAUGGCUCGCAUGGACAGAAAGAUAGAAGACAGCAGGGAUGGCAUGCGCAGAGAGAUGGAAUUUCUGUACACCCGGAAUAUUCAGGCUCUCAAUGAAGCAAAUCAGAAUCAGACAGCCAAGCAUGAAAAAUCAGCCAGCCCUGUUCACUCACAGCCUGAGAGAGACCUGGACAUCUACAAAGAGAUGCAGAUACAAGCCAUCCAGAAGCUGGAACACCAGCUGAAAAAACAGGAUAAAAAGUGGGAAUCCAGGCUACAAGAAAUUAAGACUCAGCAUGAGUCUGAAAAGAAUCAGCUGCUGAACGAGCUGACCAGAAUGCAGUCGUCCGUUUCCGAGCACCAGGAGCAAAGCCAGAGGCUGCAGCAGGAGAUGGGGAGGAGGCUGCAGGAGAAAGAGCAAACCAUCAAGGCUCAGAGGGAGCAGAUAAGAAAUAUUUCCUCAAAUCCACCCACCAAAGUAGUGGAAGUGCCAGUGAUAGUCAGUGCACCAGAACCAGACCCUAAACCAAAGAGAGUUGUACUUGAGGAGCCAGUCUUUGCUCUUAAGCUGGAUCCUAUACAGGAGCUGUCAGAAGAGGAGAAAGACUCGAGUAGCAUCUCUGAGAGGAGGCCAGUGGAGAAGAAGCCUGAGCUUGUACCAGAAAAGAAACAUAGGGUGACCGCCAGUGCUCUGAAAAGGAACCCCAACAUCAAGAAAGAGAUGCGACCGGAGCUCGAGCAGGCUGUCAGUAAGAAGCUGGAGAACCUGGGGGUCAAGCCUGAUCAGAGUGGUCUGAAAAACAAGAAGCUCACUUCCAUCCUGGCCAAGGUCCAUUCGAAGCGGGAGAGCAUUGCAAAGGGGAUGCCUGACUAUUGGCGCCACCGGGAGGAGAUAGCCGGCACUGUGGAGCAGAAACUGGGCAGUCAGAGGAGAGGCAGCGACCCUGCUUCAGAGUCACAGGCCAGAUCCAGACAGUCAGUUCAAGGGUUGCAGAGCCGGCCCCGAUCCAGUAGCCUUCCCUCCAGAGCCACCCAGGUGAUGUCCGGACCUGCAGUCAAACAGCCCAAGACCCCCCAGCCAGCGCCACGGACCAAGGGCACCACCCAACCCAAGACAUCUACACCCAACACCAAGGCUUCUCUAAGGACCUUCACAACCAAGACUCCUCCUUUCAGUUCAGAUGAGGAAUCUGAAGAAGAGGACACAGAAAUGGAGGAGGAACAGCCCCACAACCACCAGAGGGGCAAAUCACCACAGCCCAGACUAAACCAGGCGUCCCCAGUCCAAUUCAGAGCAAGCAAAGCCAGUCCGGUCCAGGCCAGGCAGGCUGCUGCCAGGCUACCAUUCGCCUCCAACCCCCAGCAGUCCUGGGGGUCAGUGGGUGUCGUGACCAAGACAGCAGUCACAAAGAUGGAAAGUGAUGAUGACGAGGACGAGUGGUCUGAGGUCAGUGAGCUGCAAGAGAUUGACCCCAGACAGCUCCAGGGGUACAAAGACCAGAACGGAAAUGUGGAUAAGAAGAACUUUGGUAAAGAAAACAAAAUCAAUGUCCUGGCCAGAAUAAUGGAGAAACAGUUUGCAGAGAGAGCAGUAAAGAAACCAGCAGGGGGCGUCAGCGUCUUACCAGAGAGGAAAGAUGAGGUGCAGGAACUCACGUACACAGAUCUAGAGGAGAGCAGUGAGUGGGUGGUGUCCUCCUUAGAGGACAGACAGGAAAUGUCUAAACCAGCUCAGGGUUCUGGACCACUGAGGAAGAGUCUCGAUUCGCCCAGUACCAGUGUUUGGGGAACCUCCACAGGAAAGGGUCCCAAAUCAGCAGGUCUGACCGAAGCUGGAACAGGAAGCACCCUGAAGAGCAGCCUGUGCUCCCUCAGUGACAUCAGUGACUCGGAGGAUAUUAGCAAUAAACACAGUAAACACUACAGCUGAUCAGGUGAUGUAGCGCUAUGCUGAGCACAGACACAAAAACCUCAGUUAACUCCUCUGACAUCUAUAGUCCAUGCCAAAUAGCCAUAUUUUAUACUUUUAUGUCAUAGAAGCUAUAAUACAGACAUGAGCAAUACUUUACAAAAGGAGAUGGUCUGUUCAGGAGUCAAAUUUUUGUAUAGAAAAGAAGAUAAUCUAAUAAAUAUGUUAGGGAUAAAUGAGAUUACAAUUUGAUGGACUUUUUCAGUCUCUCCUUAUGCCUUGUGCCAAUUCUUUGCUUGACUUACACCUUUUCAGUGUUCAUCUUUUAAUAAAUUCUGUUUUGUAUAUUCACUUAAAUAGAACCCACACUCCAACUGUAUGUGGUUUUGUGUAAAAUUUUGUACCUCAAACUUUUUAAUGCCUUCAUGUGCUAAAUGGAGCAGUGGGAUGUGAUUUUUGUAUAGAAAAUAUUUAUACAAGCAAUAAAAGAUUUCUUU